CCAUAUCACGGUAGCGCUCGCCAGUGACAGUAAGACAACUACCUGCAGCGUAUUAAAAGAAGUAAGGUCCAAUGACACCUCCAUACCAAACACUAUACCAAACAGUGACUCGAUGAGGAUGUAGUGGUCGUUGAUGGAUGACAUGAGGGUUCUCUAAUACCCAGAUAUGACAAUUCUGCUUUUUAACAAAACCGUUCAUAUCGAAGUAGGCUUCAUCGCUCCAUUAUCGUGAGCAGCGUGAAACGCGUAAAACUAGCGACUUAAGUUUAAAAUAUCCAUAUAUUAUACAAAAAUGUUAGCUAGCAGAUUUGCCUCAGUGUCGAAAUGCAAUUUCUCACUUAUCUACAAACUGAACAACAUAUCAAAACAUGCCGCAGUUGCUGCAAAUUCACAGAAAAUAAGAUGCCUUUAUGCGAAGUCCACACUUGGCAUGGAUGGUUUUGAACAGCAGAGAUUUAUGGUUCUUAAGCAAAUGGAAAAUAUAGCUGACAAGUUUAAGCAUAAGAUGACUGAAUACAGUAAUGAUGAAAAGAACAUGAUUUUUACUGAAGAUUUGAAGAACACGAUUCAUCUUUCGAGUACUGAUGAGGAUGUUGAACUUGUAGUAAAGAUGAUGAAGAAGUUCAAUAAGCAAAAUAAGCAAUUGAGGUUUGGAAGUUAUAUAUUUGGUCCAGUAGUAAUGAGAAUGUUUCAUUUUUUCAAUAAAGCAGAUUUGGCAUUUGAGUGUUUUAAAUCGCCGGAGUUGGAUGGAUUUUUUGACCAGAUGAUGAGUUAUCAAAUUUUGUUAGAUUUGCUAUAUGAAAAUGGCAAACACAAUGAAAUUUUGGAAGCAUUUGGAAUUAUCAAAGGCAAACAAAUUGAUGGUUUGAAGUACCCUAAAAAUGUUAUUGUAUUAGUUCUGGCAGCUUGCUAUAAAAUGAAUACCAAGGAAAGUCUGGACUAUGCUCUAAAGUUAUGGAAUGAAUUGAAAGAAGUUGGUCAUUAUCCUAUGAGAAGAGCUGCAACCUUCUGUGCUGGACUUGCUUUUAACCAAGGUGAACCAGCGAUAGCAUUAGAAAUUCUAACCAGUGCUAAGAAUCAGAACUACACCACAGUCAGGAAUUUGAAGGUUGCAGCUCUGGCAGAAGUGGGGAGAGUUGAAAAUGCAAUUCCUGUGCUAAAAAACAUUUUGAGUGAGGAUAUAGCUGGUCCAAAUAAGCAUACUUUCAACAAAGAAGUCAUUGAACGUGUGAAGAAUGCUAUUACAGAAUUGGACAAUGCAGAAAUUGCUCUGGAGUUUAACAGAAUAGAACAACAGCUACAGAAUGAAGGACACAUCAUUGAUAGCACAUUGGAUGAACAACUUUGUUCAGAGAUUCAGAAGCCUCCAAUAAUGAACAAUAGACAAGGACAGAUGACCCGAUUCAGGAGGCCUCAACAAUUUCAGACUAGAAGAUUUCCAUCGAAAGGUUAUGGAUCCCGAGAGAGACCUGGCUUAGAUGAACUUGUUUGAGUCAAUUUUGGUGAAGUUGUGUUAUUAUAAAAUUAGGUGUCAUGUACUGAUAAUGAUUUUACAAUAUGAAACUAGGUACUGUAAAUUAAAUAAAAAAAACUUGUUUUAAUAA